ACACGGCUUUCGUAUUCAGUCGUGUCGUUAUUGUACCAAAAACCUCGUUUCCGGAUUACUGUAUUUGUGCAAGCACGAGAUGAAUCCGGAGCACGGUCUCGGACAGGGCUAAUCGCGAAAUCACGGCAAGUUUUAUUUCUAAAACAAAAAAAAAUAACAUUCGUCAAACGUCAUCUGAUCGGGAAGCCUUCAAGUGUGGCACGCGGGCGCCCGCUGCAGUCCUGUCCAUUGAGACGGCUCGCAGCCAAUCAGCCGCGGGGUCCGGGGAGGCGCCAGGGAGCGAGGGGCCAAAGCGCGCAGAGCAGGGGACUCAGCAGAGACUGCGACUCUCCGGGCUCCGACACCGCGGACGGACAGAAACGCACCUCGUGAGACAGAGCGAGCGCGCCGAUUGUCGCCCGAGCCUGCUGCACCUGUUCACCUGACUGACCGCGACAAGACACACCUGGCCCGUCCACAAGGCUACAGGGCUUCAGAAGGAAAACCCCGGCGCCAUGGGCAGCACCCCCAAGAGCAGCCUUCUGAGAGACGUCAUGUCGGCCUCGGGCGCCGGCGUCCGCUCGGAGGCCCUCCCCACGGCCUCACCCGCCUUCGCGGCGCAGGAGAACGGCACGGGGGAGUGCGGAGCCGUGACGGCCGACUUCCAGUACGUGCUUCUCCCGGUGGCGUACAGCCUGGUCUUCGUGCUGGGCAUGGCGGGCAACGCCAUGGCCCUGCUGCACUUCAUCCGCACCCGGAGCACCAUGCAGCCCUCCAACAUCUUCCUGGUCAACCUGUGCGCCAUUGACCUGCUUUUUGUGCUCACCCUGCCGUUCAACAUCGCCUACCACGCCCGCGGCAACGACUGGCCGUUCGGGGAGGCCCUGUGCAAAGUCAACGGCUCGCUGUUUUUCGGGAACCUGUACGGCUCGUCCCUCUUCCUGAUGCUCAUUUCCGUGGACCGCUACAUCGCCGUGGUCCACCCGCUGCAGUCCCUCAAGCUCCGCAACCCCAAGCACCGGAUCCUGCUGUCCUGUGCGGUAUGGGUGGUCCUGGCCGCAGUGAUCCUGUACCUGACACUGAAGGGCCCCCUGACCAGACCCUUUCAAUCCACGGGGAAGAUUGCCUGCAUGGAGAACUUCUCCUCGGAGGCGUGGCGGGGCCGCAUCUCCACCGUCAGCAUCCUGGCUGCCGUCAUCGGCUUCUUCCUGCCCCUGCUGGUCAUCGCCACCUGCUACCCCCUCAUCGCCUGCAAGUUGCUGGCUCCCCGCUUGGUGGAGGGGGCGGCGCCGAGCACCUCGGCCUCAGGCUCGGGUCGGAUCCGGAAGAAGGCCCUCCGCAUGGUGCUGCUGGUGCUGGUGGUCUUCCUGCUCUGCUUUGCUCCCUACCACCUCAACCAGCUGGUCCACACGCUGCGCCGGAUGGGCGUGCUGUCGGGCUGCCCGCUCAUCCACUUCACCUACCGCGCCCGGCGCGUCGCCAUGGCGCUCUGCAGCCUCAACUCCUGCCUGGACCCGCUGGUGUACUGCCUGGCCUCCGAGAGCUUCCGCUGGAACUGGAGGGGGUGCGCCCGGUGUUUCAAGCUGGGUCAGAAGCCGCCGCAGCGGCAGAAGAAUGCCGCCAUCUGAAAACGAAUGGGUGUCCCUGUAUCCUAGUGCCAAAUGACGCAUCCUGAACCUGAUCUGAUCAGGGGUCUUGGCCAGGGGACACGGGAUGAGCUCCAAGCACCUGCUUUCGAAGUGCCUCCGUUCUCGCUCCGUCCCUGGGGAAUGCUGUGCUGGAAAGAUCCCAUGCUUCCCGUGCGUUUUCCUUCUGUGGCUUUGUGGGAACUGUGGAUCGCUGUUCACCCCAGGGUGCUCUUUCAGCUCUUGUGCCAGGACUCAAAGGAGAGGGACUCUGUAGAUCCUCCACACACCCUGUAAUUCCUGUGCAAGCCAGGCCUGGGAUUGUAAUGUGAAGCAUGAAGUAGUGGUCAGGGCUGUAGCGCAGGGGCUAUGACUCCGUUGUGUUCUCCGAGAGGUUCCUGUGUUUUUUGUGUUUUCUCUAGUUGAGCUGGGUGUGUUAGCCAGUGUAGUAACCGGGGACAAAUGAUAGGGCUCCAUCCAGCAGGAGCUCUGUUUUCCCUCUCUGCCUAAUCCUGUGCUUCCUGGUCUAAAAGUUCUCUCUUGCUUUUGCUGGUGAAGCAAUUCUUCACUGAGCACUGGAGCUGCUGCUGCAGAAUGGCUGCCCCGAGUCUCCCAGGCGGGGCUGCACUUCAGUGGUGAGGAAAGUGCAUCCCUACACGUGCUGGAAAGCACUUUGCAGUUCUGUGGCAUGAAAAGCACUGUCGAAAUGCAACCAACUGUUAAUUAAACAUCUGUUUUGGAAGUUUCCUAGGCAUGUGAAAGAGAUUAAGCAUUAAUGAGACGGGUGGAGGGAAAGUCUGACUCCAGAGCAGAUCUAGAGCUAAUAUCCGUAUCUGAGUAAAAAUGCCUGUUUCUUUGCGGUAUCUGAAUUCUACAGACCAGGAAGCAGAUCCCGGUUUACCUUUUCACUUUGUGCACCUCAGAGGCACUGGAGGCUUGCACAACUCUGUGCACUCUGCAAACACAUUUUUCUGACUUUCUCGCAGAGCGCCAAGCUCAAUCGGGCAGCUUCCGGGCCUGAUAACAGGUUGCAGGGGGACACUGCCAGUGUUUUACAUUAACAGAAUUGCCUCUGUGUGUUGAGUGUUUGUUUUUCAAUUGCAAUAAAGAUAAGGCCUCAAUGAGCCUGG